UCUCUAACCUGACCUGACAGUGAAUACAACUUGGAAUCCAACUCCAAUUCCGAGCUUUUUUUUUUUCCUAUUAAUUUUCCUUUUUUUCGUUUUGGAAUAAAAAGUCGUCUUCUUCUUCCGUCUCCUCCGAUUCUCAACUCUUCGCGACAUUUUCUUCGAUCAAUUGCGGUUAGGGUCUUGUAUUGCAUUCUUCUUUAGUUUCUAGGGUUUCUCUUCGGCGCUCUAAUUUUGAGCCCCUGAUUUCGAUCACUACAUAUGAUGUGAAGAAAUCGAAAACCUAUCGGUGUGUUCGUUGGUUCGUCAGAGUUGUCAAAUUGAUAGAAGAUGGCGAGAAAGGGGAUUGGGAUUUUCAGCUUCCAUUCGCAGAGAGUCAACAUGUUCGGACGCGAAUUCCGAUUCGGGAGGAUUGUAGAUUCAUAUUCUGUGGCCUGCGAAGCGUUUUCUGAAUAUCCGUUUCUCUAAUACGCUCUUUUCUUCCUCUUCUCCUUUCUCUUCUUUUGUUUGAGUGAAUUUUUCGUUUUUAGUCGAUAUGGAUUUGGGGGCGUCGGGGUUUGUUUUUCCUUUGAAAACCAAAGGAAAGUUCGAUGCUGCCGAGGCCGAUGUUGUUGAAGUUUCGUCUAAUAAUCGAUACAGUCGGUAUAAUGAAAUCUUGGGAAGAGGAGCGUUUAAGAUUGUAUAUAAAGGGUUUGAUGAAAUUGAGGGAAUUGAAGUUGCUUGGAACCAAGUCAGUAUAGACGAUGCAUUGCAGUCUCCUGCUAAUCUGGAGAGAUUGUAUUCUGAGGCUCACUUGUUGAGAACAUUGAAGCAUGAGAACAUCAUAAAAUCACUGGACUCUUGGGUGGACGAUCAGAAUAAAACGAUCAACAUGAUCACAGAGUUAUUCACUUCAGGAAGCUUGAGGCAAUAUCGUAAGAAACAUAAGGUUGUUGACAUAAAGGCCAUCAAGAGCUGGGCUAGGCAAAUUCUCAGAGGUUUACACUAUCUCCACAGUCACAAUCCACCUAUUAUUCAUAGGGACCUGAAGUGUGAUAAUAUAUUCAUCAAUGGGAAUCAUGGUGAAGUUAAAAUAGGAGAUCUUGGAUUGGCUACAAUAAUGCAGCAGCCUACUGCACAAAGUGUUAUUGGUAACCAUUUCACUUGCUUGAAAGUGCUGGUCCAUAUUCGUUGACAUGAAUUAUUAGCCAAUCUU